CGGAAAUGGAACUAUUUUAAGGGAUUCAAAUCAUAUAUAUCAAUGCAUUCCUGUCCUCUUCCUUAACAAAUCCCCAACCUCGUCCUUAAUUUCCCUAAAACUAAACGAGAUGCUCAGCAGCGGUCAGCAAACCAUGGAUAGAAUGUACGAUCACAGAUUUCAGCGCACAGAUCAGUGGAGGCCGGUCUACUCAUGGCUCGAAUCGCUCGACACGGACGAGGUGAUUAAGUCCAACGAUGUCAUCGAUUGGCUCACGGCAAACCCUGAAAUCAGAGACCAUUUGUACUCCCGCCACUCGCGCUACCAUUUGAUGCACUACAUCAAGAAAUGUCAUAUCAAGAUCUUGAAGCGAAAGGAAAAGCAGGGAUUGAUUGUUGCUAAAAUACCUCCAAAGGAGAAUUUUAGUGCUGAAGAUAAAAUUCCAGGUUCACCUAACGGCAACAACAUGAACAGUAUCCCUAAAGACAGUGAGCUGUAUAAAGCGAAACGUGUUGAGGCUCAGCAUAAAUAUGAGAUCUUACUGGAGUUCGAGAAGCAGCUUUUGCCACUAUUUGGUAAAAGUGAAAACUGAUAAAAACGUGUUAGGGCUCAUGAAUUUGCCGAUUUUCUUACAUUGAUGAUGACGAAUAUCCUGAUAAUUGUGCGGUUUAUGUUCAGGUUUAAUCAUUUUGUGUUUUAGCUGUUGCACACUAAAAUUCUGUCAAAAUUAGUAAGUACAUAGAGUUGUAUAAUCAAAAGCUGUUCGUAGGCUGUUGCUAUGUAUUUAUUUAUGGUGAUCAAUGUCAGGGGUUUGGGCCUUUUGGGUUCCAUAACAGAAUGGGCUUAUAUUUGGGCUUGGUCCAAGCUUGACAAGUAUGAGGCAGACAUUGCUUAUAGUUUAUAAACGAAUAUGAUGUGAAUUGGAGAAGGUAUCCGC